UUACUGUUUCAUAUUACACAGAAAAGAGGAGAAAGAGGAGAAGAGUUAAUGGUGGGUAAGGGCUCUGGUGGGUCGUGCAGUCAGGCUCUGUUUUGAAUGUAGCUGCUUGUAUAAGUGCUGUGCAGUUGUCUGGGUUUAUGGAUUCGCUGACUGCGGAAAAUGUACUUCUCUAUAGUGGUCCUUGUCCUGACUAAAGCUCUGGUCACAGAGGUCUGUCACGCAUUGAAUGUGACAGUGACCCCAGGGCCUGUUGUCAUGGUAACGGAGAGAGACAACCUGACACUGUCCUGUCUGGUAUCUCAGCGGAAGAGGAGCAACAGUGUACUCAUCCUUCGCUGGUUCUUUACUCCUCCUGCUGCUCCCACAGUCUCAUCUCCUCCCUUGCCUCCAUCCCCCUCUACUCCUACACUCGAACCCACUCAAUAUCUGAUCGCAAAGAUGGGCAUAAAGAAAAUGAAGCUGUAUGGGAACUACACUCGCCGUUUCCCCCAGCCAAAGUUUCGUCUGUAUGAGGAGAAUGAAGGAGAGAUUUACCGGUUACGGAUUUUUAAUGUGACAGGGAUGGACCAGGGUUUCUACACCUGUAGAGUGCAGGAGAUACGCAAACACAGAAACACAUGGCGAGCCUCAUCCAAUGGUACCAGCACCACACAUCUGACAGUGCACUUUACUCUCGAGGACGGAAACAGUGAAGGACUGUGGCGUUUAUUUGCAGAUGUCUAUCUAUGUGCAGUGCUGAUCUGCUCACUGGGCCUCCUGUCCAUCUUUCUCUUUACUGUGGCCCUCACAUGCCAAUAUUUUUACAGACGACACAGGCUCAAAGCCAGUUACCUUCUGGUAAAAUGCCCAGAAAGCAGCUCAGGAGAGACUGUAACCAGCUCCAGCAGUUCUUCCAGUUCAUCCCCAAGAGCACAAAGGAAAGUCACAAAGCAGAAAAGUGACAGAAAAGUAACAAUAACACCACCUAAACCACCUGAGGAGCCACCACCUCACAUACCAGUUAAAGUGCCUGUUGCUGCAAAGAGACCUCAGAAGCCCAGGAGGUUAAAGACUCAGCAAAGGAGAUCUGUCCCUCCUCGAGUGAUUCAGGACGAUAGUUUGACAUACGCAGAGCUGGAGCUAGUCAGACCAAGGCCGGAGCCCCCAGCCUCCACCAACCCUGACCCUGCAUCGUCGAACUCAGACACUGUGUACGCUCAGAUCCUCUUCCAGGAGAGACAGCUGUAAACCCAGCACUUCUGGAUACAUGGAUGUCGUUGAACCUCCCGGUGAGGGAAAAGAUUCAGUUCUCCAUACUGAAUCAAUUGCCAUUCAGAGAACUUAUUUAUGAACUAUAACUAUGGCAUUUAGCAGUUGUUGGGUAAAUGGGAGGAGUUGUAUUCGUCCACAGCACAGCUCCAUUCUGACACAGCAGUUUCUGAGUCUUAUAAAUCUGUUAUUUGUUUUGUUGGCAUCGUUGGUCUGUAUGCCAGAUGUUUGCGCAUGGAAGAAUGCUCUUACUGUUAACUAUUCCUGUUUAAACUCAGGAGACUGUGUAGAGGGAAACUAUUGUCCAGGCUCUUUUACUGCAGCGUUAUAAAGCACUGUAAACCGUAGCUUUUCAUUCACAUUUAUAACUUCAGUACUAAUACACCUUAUUAAUAAAUAUAUGCCUGGGUGUGACUGAC